CUACGUCACUUCCGCCACCUCCUCCGAGCAAACGAAGAUGGCGGCCGUCGUAGAGAGACUCGAUGGAGGCCUCGUCUGUUCCCAGGAUUCCGACUCGUCGUCACCGCGGCUCUCCAGUAGCCCGCCGCCGGACCACCAGCACCAGAACAACCCCUUGCUGGGGCUCCCCAUCGUGGCCAUCGAGACCGUCCUGAACUUCAUGUCCUACGACGAGAUCAGCCUGCUCCGCGCGGUGUCCAGGCGCAUGGACAUUAUAUGUCAGCGUAUCCUUAACCAGGGCUUCCUGCGUGUGGAGCGCUACCACAGCCUCUGCCAGCGCCAGGUGAAGGCCCAGCUGCCCAGGCGAGAGUCCGAGCGGAGGAACCACUCGCUGGCUCGCCAUGCCGACAUCCUGGCUGCCGUGGAAACACGGCUGUCGCUGCUCAACAUGACCUUCAUGAAGUACGUGGACUCCAACCUGUGCUGCUUCAUCCCCGGCAAGGUGAUCGAUGAGAUCUACCGCGUGCUGCGCUACGUGAACUCGACGCGCGCGCCCCAGCGGGCCCACGAGGUCCUGCAGGAGCUGCGCGACAUCUCCUCCAUGGCCAUGGAGUACUUUGACGAGAAGAUCGUCCCCAUCCUGAAGAAGCGUCUGCCCGGAGCGGACCUCUCGGGCCGCCUCAUGGGCUCUGCUCCAGGUAACGGACACGAGCUUGAGCGCGUUAGAAAGGCCAAAGUGGCCGGCUCCUCCACCUCCCUCACCACCAUGUCGCUGCUGGCCAAGAACACGCCGUCGCGCUCGGAGAUGACCAAGGUGCAGCAGCAGGUGAAGGUGAACGGCGCCUCCAUGACGGCGCUGCGGCGCGAGGUGCAGGAGGUGCGCGUCAAGCAGCUGGAGCAGCAGAAGCAGCUGCAGGACCAGGAGCAGAAGCUGCUGGAGCAGACGCAGGUCAUCGGCGAGCAGAACGCCCGCCUGGCCGAGCUGGAGCACAAGCUCCGGGAACUGAUGGACAAUGGCGCCGGCGUGGCGCCCCGGUCGGGGGGGAAGCCCGGCGGCUCGGUGGCCGUGGCCUCCACGUCGGCCGCCGCCUCCUCUUCCUCCCUCGCCGGCGGCGGCCCGCUCGCGUCCUCCGGCGUUGCCGCGGGCGCCGUGGCGUCAAACGGGCCGGCGGUGGCCAGCUUGUUUGGCCAGGAGGGGGCGGGCCAGGGCGGGGGGGCGCUGAAGCGCAGCAGGAAGGGCGCCGACCUCCCACGCCACUCCAAGCGCCUGCGCAGCAAGAAAUGAGCGGACGCUGCACGCCAUUUUAGAGCUUUCUUUUUUCCGUCGUGUUCUGUGUUUUUAUUUUAUUUUGAGGGGGUGAAUGGAUUGCACCCGAAAAAGAGAAGAAGUACCCCUUCAUGGCCGUUACCCUCGCCGCCCCCUGCUGUUCGUUCCUGAGAAGAGGCUCUGGGUUUCUCUCCCCCCCCCCCCCCAUAUGCUUUAAACGUGUCAACAUCUCCCAGCUUUGGGCCUCCAGUGGACUGGCCUCCUCGCCACCAGCAUGUCUCUGGCCGUGCCGGGCCGGUCGUUCUGAGGCUGAACCAUGGAGCCUUUAAAGCUCUCCAGGAUCUGACGGCCUUGAGGGCCCGCAAGCUUUCAAUGUGUUUUAAAUCACUCCUUCGUGAGAGGAGAGUUCCGUGAUCAUGAGUAGAGGGUCGCUAUUAUUAUUUUUUUCAAAGGCUUCUUUGUGUUUUACCAUCGUAACUAAAUAAUGAAGAUGUCGGAGAAUGAACUGUGAUCACAAUCAAAAAUGUUCAUUGCCGUUCAUUUCAACUGUUGGGUUGCCCUUUGAGAGAAAUGUUUGUUGGUCGACCGUCUGGUCAACAUACCCAUGCUGGUGCAUCAAACAGAGAAACAUUUGACACUUGUCAGUCAUUUGGGGAAAUACUGACCCAACACACACUUGCACAAAAGCUGGCAAAUGUUAAGCAGUCAAGAGAAUUCAUGACCUGAAAAUAUCGAAACAAGGCUGUGAUUAUUUCACAUAAAAAAACGUGUCCUUAAUCUAGAGUGCAAUAUAUUUCUUUCCUUAUUAUUAAUUAAGGACCCGUCAAGCCCCUCCAAAAACCGACAGGUAGACACCUGCUCAUAACCUGGUACCUCUCAGCACCACUCUCCUGUUCAACGUUGUUAAUCUGCGUCUGUUUCAACCCACUGUGCCUACACACACACACACACACACACACCUUCUCAGUUGGUUAAGAGUGCGGGGUUGGGGUCCGCUGAUGGUGUUUGGCAUCUGUAUGUAUACGUGAUGGGAAGUCGACACUACAUACCAUGUAGUGCUACAGAGAUACAUGUGGAAUCGGUCUAAAGAUCGCUCUCCCCCGAUCAGCGAAUCCAAGAUGAUUUGUGUGUAAUGCUAACCCCUAUUUAAUCAUGAUUGGCAAGCUUUCAGCGACGGGCGUCUGUAAAGUUUUGUUUUUUAAAUGUCUGUUCAAACUUGGAAGGAGGUUGUUCACAAUCAACUACUUUGACAUGUUUAACCCAAGAAUGGAGUAAACCAACACUAAACUACAGCUUGCUGCGUGCUUCACCUGAUAAGUGGGAUUUUGUCAGGUGUCGUCAGAUGUGAUCUUCUGUGUGUUACUGACUGACUUCACCUGCAUAUCACCCGGGCCACUAAAAGGGAAGUACCUUGAUUCACACUGUAGGGGGUGCUGUUCCUGCAGUUAGGUCUCCACAUUGUAAUUAACUUCCUUGCGCCCAUUCUUGCUAAGCGAAUCCACUUGAGCCUAUUCUCUUUCCUUGUGAGGUCAGCUGAGCCCAUAUCGCAACAGGAACAUAGUCAUGUCUUGUUUUGACCCCCUUUGUUUAUCUGAUGAUCUGAGUCAGUCAUGGAAGAAAUGUAUCCUGGGUAAUGCAGUGCACACAACGGUGGACACAAGUGUGAUUAAUCUUUAAUCCGGGCACACACUGGGCAGGGAGAACAUGUUAACUAGUGGCUUAAUUUGAGACUGCGUCUCAGUUUAGAGAAUUUACUGUACUGUAAAGUUCAUGUACUUCAAAGUGUAGGUUGUGAAUUAUUUCAUGUGUGUAUACCAAGAAAAAAAAGAAGAUCUUUUGAGAUAGCCAGACUGGCUAACUAGGGUUUGUUGUGCACAUGACUGUGACCGAUGUACAAACCUAUUAAAAUCCUAGUUAACAUUUGGCUAGACGUGUCUGAACUAGUACAAA